AAUCGAAGAACUUGUGAUUGACGGUUUUAAGUCAUACGCCGUUCGUACAGUAAUUUCAGGGUGGGAUCCCGAAUUCAAUGCAAUCACAGGUCUCAAUGGCUCCGGCAAAUCAAACAUUCUGGAUGCAAUUUGCUUCGUACUCGGAAUUACGAAUAUGAGCCAUGUUCGAGUGAGCAACAUGCAGGAACUGAUUUAUAAACGUGGGCAAGCCGGCGUUAACAAAGCGUCUGUGACGAUUGUAUUUAACAACGAAGAUAGGGAAAAUAGUCCUGUCGGAUUUGAGAAUUACAAUCAAAUUACAGUAACAAGACAGAUUAUUAUGGGUGGUCAGAGCAAAUACAUUGUGAAUGGUCAUCGAGCUCAGCAACAAGUGGUUGGAAACCUGUUUCAAUCAGUACAACUCAAUAUCCAUAAUCCUCAUUUUUUGAUCAUGCAAGGUCGAAUCACCAAAGUUCUCAAUAUGAAGCCACCAGAAAUUCUGGCUAUGAUUGAAGAAGCUGCCGGAACGCGCAUGUUUGAGGAGAGAAAAGAAAAGGCAUUGAAGACCAUCGCGAAAAAAGAAAAGAAGGUCGAAGAAAUAAAUCAGUUGUUGAACGAAGAGAUCGGGCCAAAGUUGGACAAGCUGAGAACGGAAAAAAGGUCCUAUUUGGAAUUUCAAAAAACUGAAUCUGAUAUCGAAAGGCUUAGUCGUUUAGUUAUUGCGUUUGAAUAUACGAAGUAUCAAGAUAAACUGCAUAAAUCUGGGGCGGAUUUUGAUGCGAAAAGAGCAAAAGUUCGAGAUUUAGAAACGCUGAACGAACAACUCAAAGUAGAGCUUGCACACCUGGAAGAGGAUAUAAAGCAAACAACACGUAACAAGGAGAAGGAGAUAGGCAAAGGUGGAAAAAUUCAAGAAUUGGAGCGAGCGGUAACAGAAUAUUCGAAUAAAAUAGUCCGAAUACGAACAAAAUGCGACCUCAAUAAAGCAUCUAUCGCAGAUGAGAUAAAGAACAAAAAUAAUCUUUUGUCCGGAAAAGCAGAGAUUGAAGAAAAUUUGAGAUUAAAAAAUGAAGAGUCCAAAAAAUUAGUUGCACAGUUCGAGAGUAUUAAAAAAGCAUAUGACGAGAAAAAAGAGCAAGUUCGGAAGGCAGAAGAACUCUUGCAAACCUUGUCAACUGGUGUUUCUGCCCAGGAAGGGCAUGAAAAUGGAUACAUGGAACAACUUCAAGAGGCUAAAAAUAAUGCCACACAUGCAUUAACCGAAAUCGAGCAAGCAAAGUUAAAGAUAUCUCACCUCACGAAAGAGCUGAAGGAAAAAGAGCCACAAGCCCUAAAGGCGCAGAGAGAUAAUCGAGGGCUACUAGGUAGCUUGGAAUUGGCAAAAAAAUCUAAGCAAGACCUGCAG